AUAAAUAAAAUAAAAAAAUGAAGUGUAGGAAAUGUUAAAAUUAGAGAUUCGUCAAUUGUUUGAAAUGAUCUCACUGUAUUAACGAGUUUUCGGCCGAUGCAACAAUCGUUACGAAGACAUCACCGCGUCCCUUGGGAUGCGGCGCUCCUCGUAUUAGUUUUCAACUCCAAUUACUCAACAAAAUGAAGACGUUUGGUGAAAUAGCACUGGUGUGUAUCGCGGUGCUGCAAUGCCUCUGCGGUGUUUGCAUGCCACAUUUAUUGAUAAACGUCAGGAACCAGGGUGGAGAUAUCCUCCUAGAGACGAUCUCCUCCAACGUCACUGACGAUACUAUAAGCCUUGAGUUCCAGAGAUCCGAUGGCACGCUGGUCACUCAGCUCGUAGAUUUCAGAAAUGAGGUGCAGGUGAUAAAAGCUUUGGUACUAGGGGAGGAGGAACGUGGGCAAAAUCAGUAUCAAGUCAUGUGUUUUGUCAAUCAUUUCUACAAAAUGGAUUUUAUAUCGUCCGAUGCAAUGUCCAAGCUGAGGCAAAAAAAUCCUGGCACAAUUCGCAUUGCCGAAGAGGAUAGAGGUCACAGCAACUAUACUAUGGAUUUGUUUCUCGACGUAUCCAAAUCCGGCGUCAUCUCUAAGCAUGUUGCUACUUUAUGCGCAGAAGCUGCUGACACGACUUACACGAGAAACGAUGAUCUAAAACAGUGGGUGCAAAGACCUGGUUCUUCGGAAGCAGCCCUUAUGGCAACAGCGCGUAACUUCACGACUACCCCAGCCACACAGCAGGUGGGGAAUGAGUCGAAACCUGCAUCACUGCCCAAAUGUGCAGAUACGUCAAAUUUAUGGGCGCCGUGCACUUGUUCGUUAGAACUAUGUAUAGGCUGGUAUCCGUGCGGACUGAAAUUCUGCAAGGGUAAAGGUGACGGUAAAAAACCAGCGAGUUCUUACCGCUGCGGAAUCAAAACAUGCAAGAAGUGUUUCAUAUUUUCGUACUAUUCGCAAUUGAAGCAGAAUUGUUUGUGGGACGAAUGACAUCUGCUAGCGUAAUAGCUUUAAUUUCUACACAUCUAUUUAGGUCGUAACACUUAAGGCUACAUUCACACCAAAUAAAGUCUGACGAAAACUGCCUUUGUAGGAAUAGGUGGGCCUCUUAUCUUCAACGCAAAAAAUAACGAAAUAUAUAACAGCAGCGUCGAAACUCAUCCGAAGUUUUGUAUCCAGUUGGUAAAAGUUUUUAUUUCUGUUCUUCAUUCAGUCAGGUUGUCUUGUUAAAAGUAUUUAUUUCAAUUGAGGGUGAGGCCUUCAUUAUAAUUGGGCGGUAAUUAUCCUUGCCAUUUGAAAUUCCCUCUAAAUAUUUUGGUGUGAAUUCAGCGUAAAAAGAUCCAAAGAAGUGUGCUGAAUAUUCGCCAAAGAUUAGUACUAUUCUGAUAUUUGCACGCAGUCAUUUGUUAAAUAUCAAAAAAAUAAUCCAGAGUGAUGAAUCUUUCGCUUGGAAGUAUCCCAAGGAUACAUUGAGGACACCAUAUCACGUGAUUGUAGUAUAUUAAUUGAUUCGUGCCGUCUUAUAAAUGGUGCUCUCUCUAUUUUGUUCAGAAUUUUGAAUGGCGUUCAGUAAUGCUUCGGUUACUGGUUUGGUACAGUAUCCAGUUCCUGAUGUAUCCGGGUUCGAAGCUACGAUUGAUGCAAAAUGUUUGAUCGAAAUCAAAGUAUUGCGCAAUAAGGAUGCUUCAAUUUUAUCUCUGUGGUAACUCUUUGAAAAAUGGUCUAUGGCAAUAUUUUGCUGGGCGCUGUUAGACUCUUUUGCUAGUGGUUUGACCUAAGAUUGUACAUAAAUCAACUAGUUAAAUAGUUACCUCGCAUAAAAUGUUGAGUAUGUGAUUGAAAAUCAAUUUUGAUCAUUUUUCGCAACGACUUUUUUCAUUCAGUUUCAUUGAAUGGAUUGAUUGAUAAUUCUCUUCCCGUAUUUUGACAUUCGUAAGUUAUCGGAUUGACACAAUAAGUAUACACAGAAAGGACCAAUGUGACUUUUCACAAACACAUUCCAAAUGUAUUUUAAAAUUAAUGUACGCUUUGUGCUAAAAAGUAGGUUCACGAAUUUUAUUAUUUUGACCAGACUUGGGGUGAAAUUUACAUCAUCUCAAUGCAGCUUUUCAUGUGAAUGUUAUUUAUUUUGCUAUUUGAUAGGGUCUAUACUUUUUUCGUUUUCAAUAUGAUAAGAAUGCAAGAUAGAUAAAUCUUGCAAGUAUAUAAUUUAAAACAUUUGGUGCACUAUUUAG